AGGGACAGAGAGAGCGAGAAAGAGAAUCCCAGGCAGGCUCGGUGCUCUCAGCCCCGAGCCUGACAUGGGGCUCGAUCCCACGAACUAUGAGAUCGUGACCUGAGCCGAAAUCAAGAGUCAGAUGCUCCACCGACUGAGCCACCCAGGUGCCCCUGAAUUAGAAUUUUAGCCUAAUUUGGUUGGUGGAAACUUUGUGCCCCAAGGCAGGAAGUGAAGUGUAAGUACGAUCGCAGGAAGGCUUGUUCCACUUCAAGGCCACAGAAAAGCACUUUCAGUGUGCACGCGGCGUAGUUGGAAUGAUGCUGCUGUGAUUUAAAACCCCAGGUCUCAGAGUCUGCGGCCCUGGAGUGGGUUCGGGAGCCUCCAAAGGCACUGGGGCAUGAUCCACAGAUGUGUUUUCCUUGGCCCACGAGGUGUUUUGAAAUGAAUUCGAAUUCGCUGCCCGCGUUGGGGAAUUGGAGGAUUUCACGUAGUACAUUUCACCAGUUCUUCGGAAAGCUCUUUAGAUCUGGUGCCGCCGGGUCCGCGCUCCCGAGUGCCACACCUGGUGGCUCUGAGCGGGGACGGUGCGGUUGGUUCCCGAGGGGCCCACUCCCUCUGGCCGGCCCGACAUAAGUGGCCACGCGAGGUGUGGGAUCCUGUGUGUUCAGAGCGACCGUCCCCUUGUCCUGCACGGAGGCUCAUAAUUAUGCGUCCUUCCUGAAAGAAGACGGAUGCUUCCGAGGCCCUUACCACCGGCGGCUGCUUCUCCCUGGUGUCUGAGCUCUGUGGCCAGAUUUGGCAGCCCUGCCUUCUCUGCCACGAGGGACGGCAUCCCCGGGCUGAGGGCCCUGGGGGCCGGCAGUGUGCGGUGAUUGUGCCCUGCUCUGCAGCGGGCCGGGGUCUGCACGCUGUGGCCCACGGCGCCCUCACGCGCCAGGACUGGGUCCCCCGCCACUUCUCCCUCCCCUUUGUGCCUCUCCCUCCUCCCUGAGCCCACGGAGGAGGCUUCUGGGAAAGGAUGACCUACUCCCAGAAUUUCGCGCUGGGGAGACGCUGGGGAGACGCUGGCUAGCCUCAGGCCGGACCAGAAAUAGCUGUGAUAAUUCGAUCUGAUCGCCAAGCCCCGAAGCUGGGGGUUCUGCUUGGGUACGUGGGUGCAGCCGGUCCCACCGCGUGACACUGUCUCGAGAUGCCUUAGGGCGCGAGAGCCGCCCCAGAGGACGCCUGGUGGCCAGCAGCGCCCGAGCAGCUCGUGUGCGUGGCCUCCAGCUCCCACUGACGUCCCCAGGAACGCGGUCCGCCUGGAAUCCCCCCCAAACCAUGGAGGCCCCGGAGGUGCCCGUGGGCGCGCUGCUUGACUUCGGGACUGAGCCAGCGGCGCCCUCGCCCCUGGAGGCGUUGCCUCCGAAGCUGCAGGAUGGGGACAGCUCGCAGGGCGACGGGGCUUCGGAGAGCGAGACCACGGAGUCCGCGGACAGCGAGAAUGACAUGGGGGAGUUGCCCUCACACCCGUCCUGGGACCAGUACCGCCGCUCCUCCUCCAACGAGUCCUUCUCUUCCAACCAGAGCGCCGAGUCGGCCGAGGACGAGGAGACCCAGGAGCUCCGGGAAUUCAUGCGCGGCUACGUGGACAAGAUCUUCUCUGGAGGGGAGGACUUGGACCAGGAGGAGAAAGCCAAGUUUGGGGAGUACUGUAGCAGUGAGAACGGAAAAGGCCGGGAGUGGUUUGCUCGAUAUGUGAGCGCCCAGCGCUGCAAUUCCAAGUGCGUCUCAGAGGCGACCUUCUACCGCCUGGUGCAGUCUUUCGCCGUCGUCCUGUUCGAGUGCCACCAGAUGGACGACUUCGGGCCUGCCAAGAACCUCAUGACCAUGUGCUUCACCUACUACCACAUCGGCAAGCCGCAGCUGCUGCCCCCCGAGUCCAAGGAGAAACCCGCGGGGAGCAUCGACUCCUACCUCAAGUCCGCCAACAGCUGGCUGGCAGAGAAGAAGGACAUCGCCGAGCGGCUGCUGAAGAACACGUCGGCCAAGACGGAGAACGUCAAGGGCUUCUUCGGGGGGCUGGAGACCAAGCUGAAGGGACCCCUGGUCAGGAAACCAGAGGAGGAGGAGAGCAAGCCCAAGGAGAAGCCGCAGAAGACCGUGACCGUGUGCAGCCCGGAGGAAGAGAGGAAGGGGGAAAAGAUCUACCUGUACACGCACCUGAAGCAGCAGCCCAUCUGGCACACGCUGAGGUUCUGGAACGCGGCUUUCUUUGACGCUGUGCACUGUGAGAGGAGAAAACGGUCUCCCACCACCAGAGGGGAUGCUGGAGAGGAGGAGAAGAAGAGGGAGAAGUGGUGUCACAUGACCCAGGAGGAGAGAGACGACAGCCUGCGCUUCAACGAGAACAUCACCUUCGGGCAGCUGGGCACGUUCACUCACAACAUGCUGGCGUUCGGACUGAACCAAAAGCUGUGCAGCGACUUCCUGAAGAAGCAGGCGGUGAUCGGCAAUCUGGACGAGGAGCAGUACAAGCUGCUGAGCGACCACAUCGAGCAGAUGACCGCUGAGUAGGCCACGGGAGGUCGCCCGAGGCACCCCCCCAGGAGGACUGAGGGUACCCGCCACUCUCCUGGGCCAGCGACUGGCUGCCACCCCACCCGAUGACCCUGCAUGACAUCAGCAGCACCCAGAGCCACUCCACGCUGCUCUAGAACUAGCAGUUAGAAGAAUCUGGUUGCCCGACCUCCCCACCCACCCUCUGCCUUGAAUGCUCCCCCCAUCCACAUGCCAAAGCGUCCCUGGGGUUACAUGGCUAAAUCCAAGGUGACUGUCCGUACUCCUGAGUGUCAGGCCUGUGACAUAGGACCAAGCGGACGAGCAGGAGAGAGAGAGAGGGUGGGGUGCACAUGCGGAUGCAGAGAAGGACCUCACGAGCUGGCCAGUGACCCCGGGCAGUCACUGGCGACCAUCUGGGAGCCUUUUCUUCAGCAGUGGGACGGGGUAGGGGGUGCUCCCACAGUGGGGGGGGGGCCGAGGGGGCCGUGGGUCUCUCAGGGCGGGCCAGGUGGGUCCGGGGCUCCCGCCGCCUCUCUGUCGGGUCCCCACCGUGUGACGGGAACUGGAGUCACAGGAAGCUCCAGGAGGAAAGAGACCCUUCCUGUUUUAGGGAGGGAGGGAGAGCCGCGCCAGGACCUUCUUCCCUGGCUGUGGGAGGCCCGGUCAGGGCUGUGGGCACCCUGGGGACCUCGCAGGCUCUGCGCGGCUGUGUUAGAGCCACACCAGCACGGACGUGUCUGCAGCGUGCCUGCUCGGCCGACGGCUUCCUUCUGAAGCAGAGAAGGUUCUGCCGCUCGCUCCCUGGGGGAAGCAUGGGCUGUGUGUCCCGUGAAGAGACCCAGAAAAGAGAGGUUUCUCUGGCGGCCGCGAGACCACCACGCUCUCCGAAAGCAGACAGAGAUGAUGGAGAAAUCUGUGCCAGUGUUACCGACAGCCGGGCAGGGGCGGCUUCUGGUGGCAGGUGUGAGGCUCCUUAGCUCGCACGCCGUGUGACCUCUUUCCUGCAGACUCUGCAGCCGCCCCCUCGUCUCCCAUCUGGUGUCUGGGAACCACGGCUCUUCUCCCCGGGUUUGUGCCAGGCACAGCGGGGGAGUGACUGACCCCUGUGAGGGGUGACCCGCGAGGGCUGACCCCUGAUGGCAGGCGUCCCGCGAGGACUGACCCCUGAUGGCAGGCGUCCGGCCUGCGGCUCCCCCGGCGUGAAAGUGGCCAUCAGUCUGGAUCCCUCUGCCUCCGCCCGCCCCUCUUGGGCACUGACCUUGAAGUGGGCCUGGCGGGCUCUCUCCUUUCCCCACGUCCUCCCCUCCUGUGUCCCCCCCUCUACCUCCUCAACUCUUGCGGUCUCCUCUCAAGCGCAGCAAAUACAUGCCUUGUAGUCACCCACCCGGCCAGUGCCGGAACGCUUUCCCUCAUGGGAUGCCUCCUUGGAAUGUUCCAGAGACGAGCACGCGUCGUCUGAGCUGUUGCACGCGCAUCUUGGGGAUGACGGGAGAGGCAAUGGGAGGCUUGGUAUGAUCUGAGCAACGUUGCCAGCCAAAGACCGGGUCCCGAAACUCAGUUCGUUUUUAUGAUGGCUUCGUGUGUGUGUGUGACAGCAGCCGGUCUGGCAGUGUCACCAAACAAAGCACAGCCCUGUUGCUGGGACAGGUCACACAGACUGGAGGUCCCCCGACCCCCCAGCCAGUGUUGGGCCCCAGGGCUGGUGCAUGCCUCCACGGAAUGCAUUUCCAGAACUAAGGUCAGAUGAAUGGGUGUGUGGGCCCCUCCAGUGCCUGCUUCAGAUGAUGGGUCCCCUGCUGAGCCGCUCCACCACGCCCCCUGGACGUGCUGUGCUCCCCUCCCCAUGUGCAGAAUCAGGGCCACACAGAGGGGUCUGUCCGAGGCCCCCCGCAAGGCUCUCCCUUUAGCUGCCGUGCCGUUGGCUUCAUCAGUCAUCUCUUAGUAGUUGAAACGCGUUGCUUUAUUCUAAGGUGCACAGAAGACUUCUCCCUGUAUAUAUAAGAUUUUUGUAUAGAAGUUUGGUCUGAUUUCUGGAGGCAGAAAAGUGGGUUCUGAGACUUCCCAGCGUGCUGGGGGGCGCGACGUGGAAUACUCCCCCUGGGGUAGGGCCCGCAGGACCACGCUGCCUGUGGAAGGAGAUGUAGCUUUGACUGCUUUGGGCUUUUCCAAGCACUUUAGCUUCAGAAAUGGUCUUGAGGUCCCCCCCGCCCACAUAGGCCUCUUGAAAUAGCCCUUGAAGGUGAAAGCAAGGGUUGCUUGGGUCCCCCCCCCCCCCCCCCCCCGCCAACCCUCCACUCCUUGUCCCUACGGGUCUGACCCCGGCAUUGCUCAGACCCUGCCAGAGACCUGGGUCCUCCUCAGAGUGCAUGAUGCCGUCUCCUGGUGGUGGCAUUGUGCCCUCCGGUGCCUCUGGCCAUCGUCACCUAGAAAGCAGGCCGGCAGGCUGCCCGCCCCACCACGGUUUUCCUCUAUCCCUGUAAUGCGGUCUCUUCCCUCCGGGGCCCGGCCAGAGCAGACGGACGGGGGACGCUGUCAAAGGUCCCAGCGUGUGAACAGGGCGUGCACACACACGGACGCUUUGCUCUAAAAGCCCUAACAGCUCUUCUUGUAAACUCAGGAACCGUAGACUCCGUGCAGAAAGCAUCAGAUUAUGCCCAAGAAGAGAGUUUCCCGUCCCGGCGGGUACCGUGUCGAAAGCCAGGAGCCCUGGAGGCUCAGUGGCAUUUCAGAUUUUCACUGGCUGUCCUCAGGGGCGGGUGGGGAGGUGGGUGUGUGAGCCACAGUGAGCCAGGAUGGCUCAUCCUCUCAAAUAGGAAGGUCCCUGCUUGGAAAACAGGACGUUGUUGAGACGCAGCUUCGUAUGUGUUUAGCUUUUAAUUUUAGCAAUAUUGAUAGACGUGUAAGAGGGGCCCCGUUACCGUUCAGAUUGUGCCUGCUGUGUGUGUGCAUGUGUGUGUUUAACCAAAGGUAGGAGUAUCAGACCCUGAUCGUCUAAGUUAUUUGUACAGUGAAAUGGAGUCAGCUAUGAUUUUCUCAUUGCCAAAAAAGGGGGGGGGGGGUUGCUAAGAAGCUCUUACGUUACCAAAAGGAGAACCACAAAGGGUCCGUUUCCUGAGUUCUCUACCCAAGUUAAAACCUAGGAUAUUCAGGUCAGCCGGCUCGCCCAGCUGGGGCUAGGCCAGAGACCCGGGGCGAGUGUCAGAGGACCGCCUCGCCUCUCCCUGCCCUCCUUUUUGGGAGUUGAAACCAGCGUGUCCCCUUACUUCUCCAAGGCCAGCUAGACAGUGAGUUCGUUACCGUGGAGAGAAGACCCAGCCUUGAGGUUUGCUCCUCCACGGACUGCGUUCUGUGGGUCGCUCGUCCCGCAGAGCGCCUGCCGUCGCAGGCUCUUGAUGGCGACGAGGACAGCGUUCACACCGUGAACGGGUCUGUAGGCGGCUUCGUCUCACCGCGGUGACCGCAGCCGCAAGUCAAGGCCGCCAGCUGCGCGCCUGGCCUUCCUGCACGUCACAGCUUCCUAACUGGUUGGCUUUUAUUUAGGGGGGAUCCAGGUGGAGCCGUGAGGCUAGAUCAGCUUCAUUACCAAAUUACCUAAAACCGCAGACGCCUGGGGAGCCACGGGGGUGGCGGUGGGGGUGGCGCGAGCCCUUUGCCCCGAACAGCGGGGAAGCUUGGGAAGGAGGGUCUGUGGCCCAGGGGGAGGAGGGCGGAGCGGAGGGAGCCCAGCCCCAGCCUCAGGAAGGGGUGGAGCCCCCCCACCCCCUACUCCCCGGCCAGCUCAGGCUGCUGUCUUCUCUCCCUGUUCCUAGUCAUGGCCCAAGCUGCCAGGUGGGGGACCCUCCCACCCCCCAGCCUUGUAGUUCUCCUGAACCAUUGUUCCCAUGUCCCCGCUGCCCCCCCCCCCCCCCCGACUGCCUGUAAAUCAUUUAUUCCUCAGGACCCUCGGGGAUGAGUUUCACCAAAAGGGGAAUUAUAUUGGCUAGAGGCGCCCCUAAUGGCCAACGUGUAGUGUCCAGACCUCGGGCAAAGCCACACAGGGCCACGUGUCCCAUACAUCCUUGUCGCCGUGUGGCUGGGAAUAGGGAUGUGUUGGUUCACCAAGUAGCAAAUAGAGGAGUCGUUUUCAGGGUGUCCCCGUUCAGUAAAUACACUCGAUGCUAAGAACGUUCUCCAUGGCUGGCUCCUGCGGGGUGUCAUCGGUCCCCUUGUUGUCCUCGGGCCCGAGAGUCACACUCCUUGGGGAGGAUGGAAGCGCCUCGUGCUCUGUUUCCUGGGUGCUGGCCUGUGUUCCCCGAGUCGACCAGAGCUCGUACGUGGAACCCCACCGAGCUGUGUCCAAGGGACUCCAGUGUCCCCAGGAUUCAAGUACGGCCGUGCUGUCAUUGCAGGGCUCGUGGUUACUAAUGGAAAGGGAUAAGCUCGUUGCUUCUGGAAGACAGGAUGGUCUGGGUUUGCCCCAUCUUCCUGUAACUUCCACGCACAGGCCUGUCACAGGGUGUCUGCACAGUUGGGGUCUCUCAGCCUACAGAAUCCAGGGCUUCAACAAGGCAGAGUCAGAGCAGAGCCCGCCGUAACCUGCAACCCUCCGGAAUUGCACCUGAAGGGGUUGCACUUGAGCCAAAAGGGGCCGCCUAUUAAAUCCCCCUUGACCCACCGCUCAGUCCUAGAAUUGGGGGACUGUCCCUGUUCCCUCCUGGGUCCUGGACAUGUGCUCAGGAAAGGAGACAGGAGAAGGCACCGCGGGCGCUGUUCCCACACGUCAGCUCUGACGGGUGGGGACCUGAUGUCCUCUGUGCUAGGGACCGCAUUGGGCGAGGCCUCCCGCAAGCCAGGGACUGUCACUUCUGCAGACGCCUUGAGAAAGACAAGCCAAACCUUUGAUUAUUAGGAGAUGCUAGAAAUUCACACAGUAGACUCACAACCCCUUAAAAUACGUAAAUGUGUUAGAACACGGUCAGUCUGCUGCCUUUGUUAUAAACCGUGGCCUCCACUGGGGCUUCCGGUGACGGUUUACAUGUGUGCAUCGUGUUUUCUCCUUUGGCCAGCGGGUCUCUGACCUGAACUUGCCACCGCCACACCCAGACCUUGCCUUUCAGUCGCCCCAAAGUAGAGUUCAGUGCCGUGGGCGUUCUCGCUGAUAGAGUUAACGCAAUUCUGUGUCCCAUUGGGUGAUGUCCUACAAACAGUAUUUUAAAGCUGAGGACGUUUCAAGGGUGAAGGUCUCAGAACAGUGCUAAAAUCAAAACUGUUUCCUGUGAAGAAAAAAAAUAUAUGUCUCUAUAUCGCACCUCAGAUUGUCAGAAGGUGGAAAUGCAAAUAAAUUAUCUUUAAAAAAAAAAAAAAA